CAAUUUCUGACACUCUAAUAAAUGAAUGGGGUCGAGGGGACGCUGUUGUUUUAAGCUGUUGAGCCUAUACUGUAGUUGGUUCAUUAUGUAGUGAACGGAGAGUUGAUUUGAGAUGUACCCUUGAACGGACUCAGCAGGGGCCGCUGUUUCUCCUCCUCACUGGACAGAGUCUGACCUGCUGUUACUGGGAGACAGCUUUGUUUGGUGCCUUGGAAACUGGGGUUAGGGUUUGUGUGUGUGUGUGUGUGUCUGAGUGAGGAGUGUGUGUGAGAGAGAGAAAGAGAGAGAGGAGUGUGUGUGGUGUUUGACGGCGGGGGAAACUUAUAAAAGAGAUAGGUAUUAAGAAUGAAGCGGCUCUGUGUUUGUGAAAUCUGUAACUGUGGCCACCACCGCUGUCCUCACCAGCCCACAGUGCUGUACAGGAAGGGCAGUGAGGGGUAUGCGGUGACAGAAUACGUGGAGAAGUUUCCGGCCUAUGAGAGCAGGCAGCCACCCAAGAUCCUCAAACCCAAAUAUGAGUACACAGCAGACAGGGGCAAGAUGGAGGGAACGACCACCUUCAAGUCUGAUUUCAUUCCGUAUGAAGUCAGUCGGCGUCCUGGGAAACAGCAGGCCGAGUACCAGCCAAACCCUGGCGAGAUUGACCUGGGAACCACCUACAAACAGGACUUCAACCCCUACCAGCUUCAACCUGUGACUCCACUAAAGCCCAAAGUGAUGAUACGACCCACCAGCGGCAAACUGAACGCAGUGCCCACCUACAAAGAGGACUUUCGUGCAUGGGAAAUCCCCAAGCGGGAGCUGAGCAAACCAGACGAGACCUACCAUCCACCUCCUGGGAAGUUUGGGAACACCACAACGUUCCAGGAUGACUUUGUUCCGAGAGGCCCGGUUCUUAGAGAGAGCUUUAAGCCUUUAAAUGUAGCCAAACAGAACGAUGCUCCUUUUGAGGGCGUGACCAGUAACCAGCUCUCCUACAUCCCUCACCCUGUGGAGGCUCGCUUUAUCAAAGCCCCAGAGGAGUACAAACCCAGCAGCCAGCCCUUCCAGGACCUGACCACACACCGGAAGGACUACCAGGGCAUUUCAGGGCCGAUGCCCAAAAGCUUCAAACCUGAACGAGUCAAGAUAAGCUCUGAAGCCCCGUUUCAAAGCAGCACCGAGUUCCGCGAGCGCUUCCAGCAGUGGCCAGUCUCUCUCCCACAGGUCCACAAGUCAGUGGAGUACGUGAGUCCCACUGCAGACAUGGAUUUAACCACCACCACCAAAACCACCUACAUCAAGCACAAAGUCCAGCCCUUCAUUUCCAUCAAGCCUUUCCCGAAGCCCAACCGCUCCCCUGCUCCCUUUCACUCCAACACCACCAUGAAGGACGACUUCAAGCCCUGGGUCACGGCUCGGCGCCUCAGCACCUUCCACAAGCCCGAGGAGAUCCAGAGAGCCAGCGGGAAGAUGGAGGACCUCACCACCUUCAGGGCUCACUUCAUCCAGCACCCGCUGCAGCCUAACAUCAGCUACAAGCCUGCGGCAGCCCCCCCGAGAACCGACGUCCCCCUGGAGGAAAGCACCAGUUACCGCACCGACUUCACCCCCAAGAAGGUCAGCGUGUGUCCGGCCAGCUUCGAGUCUCCGCCCGGUUUCAUCUUCCAGAACAGCGAUGAGAGAGGGCACAGGUUCUUCCGCAGGGUGUCGGACCAAGACAAGAUCCAGGUCCAGCUGCAGGUCCAGGCUCCGAACGCUGUGGCUGUGAUGUCUUAAGCUGAGUUUAGUCAAUUUUAGUGAACAUUAAAAACUUAAUAUCU